GAAGCUCACUUUCUACGUUCCGAAUUUGAAAAGCUCAAUCGAAUCGGUGAGGGUACUUACGGAAUUGUGUACCGGGCGAAGGAUACGGCUACCGGGGAGAUUGUUGCGCUGAAAAAAUUGCGGAAUCACGAUCAAAAUGGUAUUGCGUUGAGCAGUCUGCGCGAAAUUAACAUUCUCCUGGGACUGCGCCAUCAGAACAUUAUCCAACUGAAGGACGUGGUGGUAGGCCGUGACAUUUCCAGUACUUUUCUAGUCAUGGAAUACUGUGAACAAGAUCUGGCGGUUCUGCUGGACAGCAUGCAAUCACCAUUCUCUGAAGCGCAGGUGAAAUGUAUCAUCAUUCAGAUGUUGGAAGGCCUUGCUUAUCUGCACUCUAAAUUUAUCGUACAUCGUGAUCUGAAGGUUUCAAACUUACUACUCACAGAUUACGGACGUCUAAAAAUAGGUGACUUUGGACUAGCUAGGUAUUACGGAGUUCCUGUACAGCCAAUGACUCCAAAAGUGGUCACUCUUUGGUAUCGGGCUCCAGAACUGCUUUUAGGAAGUAAGUAUCAAAGCACUUCUAUUGACAUCUGGGCUGCAGGCUGCAUUUUCGAUUUGUUAGGAACACCAAAUGAGUCAAUUUGGCCCGGGUUUUCUCAAGUUCAACGCUAUAACAAUCUGAAUUGCAUUUUUCCUCAUCUGUCAUCACAUGGACUGAAAUUGUUAAAUGCGAUGUUCAUGUACGACCCAAAAAAACGUGCGACAGCGAAGGAAUGCCUAAGACACGCGUAUUUCGAAGAACAUCCAUUACCUUGUGAUCCGAGUUUGAUGCCAUCAUUUCCGCAGCACAGAAAUUUAAAACGAAAGGACUCUGUUCCAAAUAAGGAAGAUCAACUACCCAUCAAAAUUAACAAACGAAACUUAACGAAUAUAAAGAUCACUUCAUGUAAACAUCUUUCAUCUGUGUCAUCCCUACAACAAAUUACAGUGAUCUCAGGCAUGCAUGUUUAG